UGUCAGUCUAUAACAGCAGGUAGCACAUUGUCUGUAGCAAAAGAAAAUUAAGACAAAUAUUCUAGAAUUGUUUUGUAGUUUGAUAUCUGGAUUUUACCCUGAAUUCAUCACACCAGGCAUGGAUCCAAACAACAGGAAUUCAAGCGGCACAGAUGGACUUAGUAGAAAUCCUGCAGGCAUGAUCCUUCUCUCUCUCACUCUGUCUGUUCUAGCUCUGUUAACCACAGCAAUCAACUCUUUAGUCAUCAGUGCCAUCAUUGUCACUCGCAAACUUCACCACCCUGCCAACUACCUUAUCUGCUCUCUGGCUGUGACUGACCUGCUGGUAGCCAUCCUGGUCAUGCCCUUCAGCAUUGUCUACAUCGUAAAGGAGACAUGGGUCAUGGGUGAAGUGAUGUGCACCAUCUGGCUCAGCGUUGACAUCACCUGCUGCACAUGCUCCAUCUUGCACUUGGCAGCUAUUGCUGUGGAUCGUUAUCGUGCCAUCACUGAUGCUGUGGAAUACUCCAGGAAGAGGACAUCUUUAAGGGCUGCUGUCACGAUCAGUGUCGUGUGGUUCCUGUCCAUUCUCAUUUCCUUACCUCCAAUGGUCUGGGGACACCACAAAAAGGAAGAAGAAGAGGAGCAGGAGAAAGAAUGCCUCAUAAAGCAUGAAAACAUUGCUUUCACUCUUUACUCCACUUUUGGGGCCUUCUACAUCCCCCUUACACUCAUUCUUAUCCUUUACUACAAAAUAUACCAAGCGGCUAAAAUUCUUUACCACAAAAGAAGGCCCAGCCCCAUGAACAAGCUUGAAAUAAAUGGAAACAAGAUCCCUAUGUGCUCUGACAGAGAACAGCAGAGUCAUGAUGUACUCACCUUACCAGAGAAGUCGAUGUCAGAGCCCUCUACAGAGGGGCGCAUCUCUGCAGCAAGCCCAAAUUUUCAUCUUCACAGUGAGAGGUCAAUCAAAAGACAACGGAUUUCAGGGGCACGUGAAAGAAAGGCAGCUAUGACUCUGGGCCUCAUUCUUGGGGCAUUUGUAAUCUGCUGGCUACCAUUCUUUAUCCAGGAAGUGAUUAGUAACAUCUGCAAAAACUGUAUCCCCUCCCGUGAAUUAACUACAUUUCUGACCUGGCUCGGAUACCUUAACUCACUAAUCAAUCCACUCAUUUAUACUAUAUUUAAUGAGGACUUUAAAAAAGCAUUUCAUAAAUUGAUCAAGUGCCGGAAAGAACUCUGAUACAGAAAAUGGAAUAUCAUUGUUUUCAUAGAAAACAUUAAAUAUUGAUGUGAAAUUUUGAAAAUAUGAGAGAAAAUUUAAAUUUCCAUAAUUCAGGUGAAUAUUUACAACGAAUUAUUUUUUCAUAUUGUUUUCAUACUUCAGAAUCAUCUGCAAAUAUACUCACACUCCCUAUCAAAUGUUUGGCGGUUUGAGCUUGAAACUGUGCAAGAGGCAUUGGGAGAGGCACUGCUGUCUGGAACAGUGAACCAGACUUCACACAAGAUGUUCUGGGAAUAGUCAGUUCGAAAUGUUUGAGAGACAGAGGUGUCCACUGUGAUGUCCUGCAAGUGACGCCUUCUAACACCUGCUUUAACUUUGUCCAUAGAUUGUAUUAAGAAAGUGUGACAAUUUUUACUGCUAAGAGAUUUUUUUAAUUAAAAUAUACAUGAAUUGUCUUAUUUAUCCAUUCAUAUGUAACAGAUAUUCAUAUGGCCAGAUGUUUGUUGAUAUCAGACCAUUACAUCCAUAUGAGGAUUUUCCCCAAGCUGUUGCCACAAAGUUGGAUAAUUGUACAGAAUAUAUUUGUAUGUUGUAUCCUUACAGAUUACCUUCACUUGAAGUAAGAAGCCCAAACCAGUUCCAGGAUAACAAUGCUUCUGAACACAAUGUGAGGUCCAUGAAGACAAAGGUUUGCCAAAGAUGAUGUGGAAGAGCUCGAGUAGUCCUGACCACAAUCUCACUGAACACCUUCAGGAUAAAUAAAAUAAAAGACUAUCCCAAACCUCUUCGCCCAACAACAAUACCAGACCUCAUUAAUCCACUUUUGACUGUAUGAGCAACUCUAAAGUCUAUUAAAAAUCCUUCUGAGAAGACUGAAGGAUUUUAUUAUAAGAAAAAGCUUUUAUUAUCACCACACCUACAUUACAGCACAGUGGAAUUCUGUUCAUCACAUAUUCCAGUCUUGCUCAAGGGCCGAAUAGUGGCAGCUUGCUGGUGCUGGGACAUGAACCCCAACCUUCAGACAACAACCUAGAG